UACGGGUCCACACUUUCAUAAGGACCUGAUUCAAAAGUUUGAUUUGACGCGUACAUCAAGGACUUGCUCGUCAUCAUCAUCGACUCGACGCUGACCCUCACCCACACUCGAAGACGCAGAAGAGGAGAUAAACGAACGAAUUAUUGUUUGCAUUUGGAAAGAAAUAGGCUGGCUACUCAAUCAUUGUCAACUCGCUUCAGAAAGGCUUGAAGCUACUGUUGGAGAUCCUGGCCACACUGCAGCUAUGACAACACCAAAGGCGAUAUAUUCCUCACAGAGCAGGCAAAAGGAAUGCAGCGUCGAGCAGGCGGUAGACAAGGUGCUUGAAAUUGUACGACUUCUUCAUGGGCCGAACUAUCUACGGGAAGAUAUCGAAUGGGCUGCCAGUAUUCCGACAGGGGAGCAAAUCAUUCGAUGGGUAGCGUCUCAAGUGGAUGAUGUUUUCGUAAAUGCGCAAGGACACCCUCAGUCAUUUCAGCUACGGCUUACAGCUUCUUUGGAAGCAAUUGCGUUAUACGACGAAGAAACACAAAGACCGUUGCACACUGUCCGAUCAAAGGCUCCAGGAGAAGACAUAGAACCUAACAGUUCAGACAAAUCGUUGACCUCCCCACGAUUGCGAGCAAGUACGGAAACAAUGGAAGCUGAGACCGAGCUUCUUCAGGAAGAGACUAAGCUUCUACAGCACCGGGUGCGGAGAGCGAAGUUGGCAUCCAAACAGCUUCAUAAUACGAUUAGCACCCUGCGAACCGAACUCCAGGAUACGUCAAAGAAACUAUGCCAACAAGAAGAGCAUCUGGGAGAUAUCUCAUUGCAGGCGGAUACAUCAAUAGUGAACUCUGUGGCUCAUGCGAAUAAACUGCUCGAAGAUGUGGGCUCCAGUAACGUAGCUGAUGACAUCUUUAAGCUCCGAGACGGCCUAUCCUCCCUGACGGAAUUGCGCUCGAAUUUAGUCGACUCGGCCAAACAGCGGCUCGCAGCGGUGGACGAGGCUUAUUCCUUACUGCCUGGACCUGUCGAGAUCCCUCAAGAAGCGGAAACAUUGCAAGAGCGAUUGCAAGAUCUACUGUUCAACAUCGCGGCUCAGUCUGAACGAAAUUCAGAAAGCCCGGACCUUGACGUUCUCGCUCAGUCCUACUGCCUGGAAUUACAGAGGAUUUCCGAGAACCUCGAAGCCGCGCAAGAUGUAGAAGGUAGACGUGCCGCGUUGAGAAGCGUUCUCUCUCAUGCUGAUGUUGACGCCGUCUCCGACCUCGAUGACGAAAACGUCGCCGAGAUCGGCGUGGACGUUGGCAAUGAGCUCGAACGAGCAUGGAGACUUGACCAGAAGGCAUUGCUACUUGCUAGAGAAAAGUGCUUGGAUGAGACAAUCGAAGCUUUCGGACGUGAUCUGCUGCCACCGUUACAAAACCUUUUCGAGAAGCUAUCGGAAUGCAGCGAAAAUGCGUUUGAAGCGGAAGCACUCGUCCGGACACUGACUGAAGAGCUCAAAGGCAUCCUCGAUGAUGUCGACGCUGCCACGGAAGCCGACACGACGGUCAAGGUUUGGUCAGACUUGUCAGCCGGCACUAUCCUCGAGUCUGAGUUGGUCGAAUUGCUCAAGCGUAAGCAAAAUCUUCGAAGUCAAGAUGCAGGGCCCCUUGUUCUCCUGGAUCGAACCGACUUGGAGAAGGAAUUACAUGAGGUUUCGGAGAGGUUGCAUGCUGCAGAGGAUGCCGAAAUAGAAUGGUCAUCCUCUCUCCCUUCGAGACUGUCUGAGCUGACUGGCGCUCAUGCUUCCUUGAUCUCCACCAUAUACGCCUAUUCGCCUGUGAACACAUCUCCACCAUUCUCCCUCCCUCCUUCCCUGCAAACUCUCGAGAACGAAGCAGCCGGAGAAGCGAAGCGCCUUAGUGCAAGCAUUUCGAGGCUGCAGAAGGAUGUCGAGCUCAGCGACCGCGACAGGAAGAAACUGAGCACGUUUAUAAAAAGGUGGCGUUAAUUGCUGGCUGGGGGUGUACAUCAAGCAUACGAGAAGGGAAAAUGUGAAGACGUAUUCCUCUUAAGGUGUCAGGUUGCGGAGCCGCAGCGAUAUCCCCAUACUGUCGAUGUGACCAGGAAGGCGUCGUUUGGCCUAGAGAGACUGCGCAUCUGAUUGACUCUGGGCACGACCGCCAGUUGGUUGGAUCAUGUUGGCAGUGUCUCUCUAUCUGAUCGACACCCUCGUCAAAUUGACCAGUUAUAUCUCGCUUGUUCUUGUCCCUUUUGCAGUCUGGUAUUUUUUCCUCCUCAAUUUGUACAUUAGAGCAGCUGCAUAGGUUGAAAAUUAGGAUUCUCGUGAUAGCGCA